CACUGGCCCAGACAUCUAGGAAAAAUGGUUGACAAGAGACUGCCCCAACAGCUGCUGCUUAGGGGGCUGACCUGUGGUCUGUGGAUGUGGGUGGGCUGAAUCCAUCCUUAUAAAGACACAAUGAAGGACAAUUUCAAAAGAAGUGACACGGCUGAAUUCGUUCUUCAGGAAAAUCACAGCUGCAAGCAGCCUCCACUAGGCUGUGACAAUCAGACAACAACUUUCCUGGCGAAGUCAUCAGGCAGAAUCCCAGCAGUGCCAAGCCUCACAAACAGGAGCCGUAUUCACAGAACUGAGGACACAUGGAUGGCUGUGGGGCAGUCUAUUCAAUCCCACACAAAGAUAAUGUCAGUUAGCCGGAGUUGCAGUCAAGCUCAUUUUCAACGUGGCCAUGUUGACCUUUCUUCACGAGCUUCCAUGAAGAAUUUGCUCUGAUUCUUUGACGUGUAUGAAUCUACCCAAGAAAUGCAACUGCGUCUUUGUCAGCUCCCUCCUAGCAGACUCCUGCAGAAAUCCGGCAAAAGUACUUUCUCUUCUCUCUCCUUCUCCUGGGAAGAAAUGCAACAUCUCCAAGUAAUUCUGUUCUGCAUCCUCUGCUCUUUUCUGUCAGCAGAGGACAGCGAUGACUAUGAGCUCAUGUACUUGAAUUUGAAUAAUGAAAUAGAGAAUGGAAUGCAUCCCACUGACGAAAGCUCAGCAUGUGACUGUCGCCGGGAGCGCACUGCAUGGGACCAGCUCUUCAUUAUGCUGGAGAACUCCCAGAUGCGAGAGAACAGGCUGCUGCAGGCGACCGAGGGCCAGUUGGCCGCAGAGCUUCAGGGCCUGCGCUCGGACGUGGCCCGCACAUGCGCCUCGGCCCCAGAGCCCAUCCGGCUGGCCAAGAUGCUGGACGAACUGCUGCUGGCCAGCCGGGGCCUGACACACCGGCUGGCCAAGCUGGAGAGCGCCUGGCAGAGGGCGCCCGAAGCAACAGCAAGCACACUGCUGCUGCCUGUGCUAGAGGAGCUGCGAGCCCUGAGGAGGUGGACUGGACAGCGCUCACUGCCUGCAGGUUGUGAAACAGCACUUUUAUUCCCCAUGCGUUCCAAGAAGAUCUUUGGCAGCGUUCACCCAAUGGCUGAAAUGAAGCUUCAUUCCUUCACUGCCUGCGUCUGGGUCAGAGCAACUGAUGUGUUAAAUAAAACUGUUUUGUUUUCCUAUGGCACAAAGAGGAAUCCCUAUGAAAUCCAGCUCUACCUCAAUUCUUGGUCCACUGUGCUUGUGGUUGGUGGAGACCAGAACAAGCUUAUUGCUAACUCCGUGGUUCCCCCAAGAACGUGGACCUAUCUAUGCAGCACGUGGAACUCAGAGGAAGGGGUCACAUCCCUGUGGGUCAAUGGAGAACUGGCAACCACUGGGUCUGGGAUGGCCACUGGUCACAUCAUUCCAGAAGGUGGGAUUCUGCAAAUUGGCCAAGAAAAGAACGGCUGCUGUGUGGGUGGGGGCUUCGAUGAAACAUUGGCUUUCUCUGGAAGACUCACUGGCUUUAACCUCUGGGACAGAGUUCUCAGCAGUGAUGAGAUCAGACAAACAAGAGGAGAAGAUUCCUGUCAUAUCAGGGGCAAUGUUGUUGGGUGGGGAGUUACAGAGAUUCAGCCACAUGGAGGAGCUCAGUAUAUCUAAGUUUCAAAAUAUCCCCAUUGGAAGCCAAAGAAGGAUGCUCUCACAUUCAAUCUCAGAGCAUGAUAGAAGCCUGAGACCAAUAUAGGGGAAAGCUGAGACUGGGGGGGGGGGGGGGGUGGAGUUUGCCCUUGAUUAAGCUACUAUCUUGGCAAAAUAGGGAAUAAGAAGAUGGAGAAGCAUAUGUGUGUGUGUGUGUGUGUGUGUGUGUGUGUUUACUUGGUGCUUUCAAAUGGAAUACUGUAAACUCAAGCAUAAUUAAAUGGGACUGGUUCUUACUCAACAGAAAAAAAGCAAACAAAACUAUGUUCUCUGUUUUCCUAUGAGUGGCUUUCUUUUGGCCAGAUAUGGAUUUUUUUUUAUUGAAAGAGUCAUAAAAAUAACAUGUGUUGUUUAUUAUUCAUCAUUAUUGGUAUGUACACUCGUAAAAAUAUGAUGAAGCAUUAUUUAUACUAUGAUGUGACUUAACAAAAACAAAUGUAGUUUAAUUGUUAUAAUCCAAUGUUGUGUUUUGAGGAGAAGGCUGUAUAAGUUAUAUUGUAAAUUGAUUUUGUAAUAAUUUUAUUAAAACUAUUUUUGUAAAUUUCUAAUGUAAAUUUUAAAAAAGGAA